UCAGCCUUUGCUUAUAUACUGUUCAGUUUUUCAGCAGUGAGCUUCUGUAUUUUGUCAUUGUGAUGGGGUUCUUUCAUCCUUCAUAUCUCCAACUUCUAAAUCUUCUGUUUGCAGCUGUAUUGAAAGCUCAGCCCCAGAGAUCCUGCAAAGAAGAUCUGUUGUACUUUAAUGAGGUUCAAGGUGAUACAGUGUCUAUUUCUUGCCUAAACACUAUUCACCAGCUUGAGUCCCUUCGAGUAAAACUAUUCAAAACCAACCCAAAAAAAGAUAUUUUAAAGUAUCCAAACAGCUCUUCACCAGCAGAACAUCAUAAAUGGUCUGUGAAGAUGGAUGUUGGCCAAGUGAUCCUUGAUCUGAAAGACAUUAAUUUAUCAGAUGCUGGCGAUUAUGUUUGUGAGGUCUUCAAGGAUUGGGACUGCCUUACAUUUACUAAAAUUAAUCUGCGGGUCAAAGCGUGUAAGGUCCUGAACUUGAUGCGUGUAAGGUCAAACUCUUCAGUGCGGCUACCAUGCUAUGAACAUUCUCAACAGCCCAGAGCUGAACUGGUGACGUGGGAAGUCAUUCAUGGUGUCCAGUCAACAGAUGUAUCACAGUAUUUAUGCAAGGAAUUAAACAGCACAGAGAGAGCCCUCAGGCCCCUGUGUGAGAGAGUGAGAAUGGAGAAUGGAUCUCUAGUUAUUAAUCCUGUGGUAAAAACGGAUGAUAUGUGGUAUCGGUGCAGGGAGAAUGAACAAACCUGCUAUGAGGUGAAGCUGGAGGUGAAAGAUUAUGAGACAUUUAAUUCCACCAUAAUAUUGGAAACCCUAUCCAAAACAUCUUUAGCUACAGAUGUUCCAGCCUCAGCUGUCAGUACUCUUACCCAGAGUGAAGGCAACAGUAGCAAGAGUACAGCCAUGACAACUAAUGUGAUAGUAGUGAUUGUUUCAUUAUUGUCUGUGUGUGCCCUCAUAUCCCUGAUGGCGUGUGUGGCUUUUUAUAUCAAAAAGCGAAGGAGCAAGAACACAAGCCAAACUGAAUUAAAUUGCAGGUUUUCAGUUUAUUAUUCCCAGGUUUCAGAAGGGCUGGAUGUCCCAUUGUAUUCUUUAGCUGAAAAUAAUCCAGUACAAAUGACCACCUUUGCUGGUAAACAAACAGAAGCUACUGAAUGGAAUAGUGUCAAGUACUCUAUAAAAAUAUAAACAUAUUGUGCAAUGAAUCCUUAAGUUUUCAAUGUUUUAAUUUCUUGUUAAAAGUAUACUGUGAUUUUAAAUGUUAACAAUCAAAGUUUAUUGAUGAUUAUUAUGUUUAUUAAUGUUAUUGCUUGGUCUUUUUUAUCUCUUUUGUUUUUUUUUUUUUUUUCAUGAGAAAUCAAAACAGGUUUAAUUUUAAGUCAAAUCAUUGCCUCUAUUUAAUCGUUCUUAUCACAAAAGAUUCUACUGAAACUAAUGAAGAAAUGUUUAGGGAAAGGUAUUUGGUAUAUUGCCAAAAACUAAUGAUAAUACUUUCAAGACACUAUAUGUAAUCACUGAACCUUUUGUAAAUGACAAAAAGAAGUCAAAAUCCACACCUGAAUCACACACACACACACACACACACACACACACACACACACCACACACACACACACACACACA